AUGAUAUUGUCCAAAGAAUGUUACCUCAUUCGAGGACAGACGUAAAGACGAAUCUCCAAUUAUCCUCCCCUUCAUCAUCUCCCCCAUCCGGCUCUUAUCGUCUCUCUCUCUCUGUCUCGCUCUUAUAGCUCUCUCUCUCUCUCCUGCCCUCCCUCUCGCGUGAAGACAGAAGCACAAACAAACAAGACCCCCCCGGGCAGAGCUAUUGGUGCAGCUGCCCAUACACUUGCAGAGACGAUCCAAAGGGAGAUUUGGAAGAAGAAUCCUGGGCCUCGCCCCCACCCGAAAAGCCGAGCGGCAGGUUCCGCCAAAUGAAAUCUCAAGAAUAGAAAUAUAUGGUCAAGCGUGUCUACGUACAGGAGAGAGGGAGGAAGACAGGGAGAGCUAGAGAGAGAGCGAGAUAGAGAGAGAGAGAGAGGGGGAGGGAGGGAGGGAGGAUGGGAUUCCAUGGAAUUUGAUGAGGUACACCUGUAAAUUUCAUUUAGGUUCGUUUGUCCCACACGUAGCUUGUCCCAUGCCGGGGUUUGGAGUGACGUGGGAGGAGAUCUUCCCAACUCAUCCACUUGAUACCGCCGCAGUUAUUCCCUUUCGAUUGUUAGCUUGUCGUUGUUCGUGUUCUGAGGAUAUCUCUCUUAUUUUCGACGUGGCGGAAUUACCUAGGCGACUGCCAUUGUCAAGCAUCAGCAGUAUCCGCACUCGCGGUAGAAAUCCCCCCCCCCUCCUCUUCUCACCCACUAAAGCCACGCAGAUACAAGAAGAAAGAGAAGGCCUGGAAGAUGGGGUGCCCUCUUUCUCUAAUCUCUUACUCUCCUGCCCCUCCUUUUAUCUGCUCUUGGGUUUUGGCCGGCUCGUCUCUUUGUCGUCCCCCUACGAGUGGCGGCAAGCUGCGAAUUUCGGUGGAAAUAAUGCCAAGGAGACGAGGAAAGCAGGAGACUUGAAACUUAAAAACCCGGUGGAAUUUUACACAGAUGUCCGUUCAGCCGGCGCUCGCGCUCUCUGACGGCGGUGGCGGCGGCGGCGGCGGCCCAGUGAGGAGCCACUUGGUGAAGACGUCGAGGGUGUUCAUAUCCGCGCGGUAGCACCUCUGCGUGAACUCCAGCAGCGUCGACCAUGUGAAGUCCGGGUACCUUCUGGGAUGCUCACCGUCCACGAGCUCCGGCGGCGGCCGCACCACCUUGUUCAUCCCCGGUGAGAGGAAGAAGGCCAAGGACUUGCGCGGCGUGUUGCUGUUCACCACCGCCCUGUGCAGGCAGCUCUUGUACCUCCCGUUCGACAGCGCCUGCCAAGCGCAAACCAGGAGAAUUAGCUCGCCAUGCGGAAUGGGGGGAGAACAACAGGGGAAGAGGAAGAGCAGGGAGGGAGGUUACUGUGAAGGUAUCGCCGAUGUUGAUGACGAAGGCGCGGGGAUUGGGGCGGACGGAGCGCCAGCGGCCCUCGGAGAAGACCUGAAGGCCGUUGACGUCGUCCUGGUGGAGGAUGGUGAGGGAGGUGGGGUCGCAGUGGGGGCCUGUUCCGAGCGUGAGAUGGGGGUUCUGGCAGGGGGGGUAGUAAUUCAGCCGCAUGAUGGAGUCGUGCUCCUCGAACAGGUCCCGGAAGGCGGCCUUCUCCAGGCCCAGGCUCACUGCCAGCAGCUCCAUUAUCGCCAGCGAGAGCUCCCCCAUCGCCUCGCAGUACUCCUGGUACAGCUCCCUGCCGAGAAAUGGAGAGCAGUGAAUUAG